UCUGUCUUCCGUUGAGCCACACCGAAACCCCAGCACGAGCACCCGCAAUGGACAGGCUUAUCUCUUCGCCGCUCCACCUCACCCGCGCGCCCGCCUCCUCCUCCGCCUCCAGGCCCCGCGCCGGCGGCCACCACCACCUCCUCCCCGCCACCGCCGCGCCAAGGUCCUUCGCGCCCCUCCACGGACUCAGGCUGCAUCCUCUGGCGCCGCUCCUCCCCAGGCCGCCCCCGUCCCUCCUCGCCGCGGCCUCCGCCUUCUCCCGCGCCGACGCCGUCAAUCCCGCGCCACCGGAACCAGAUGACGAGGCCGCCGACGCCUCUGCGCAGGCUCCGGCCACCGGAGUCACCCGCUUCUUCCAGAAGGUCGCCUUGGUGGCGGCGCUGGUGGUGGCGGCAGUCGGGCCGUCGUCCAUGGUGCCGCCGGCGCUGGCCUCGGCGCUGCACAACCACUCCCACUCGGCGGCCGUCACGGCGGGCCGGAGCAUCUUCAAGUCGGAGCUGCUGGGCAGCGCGUGGACGGGGUUCCUGGCCGGCUGCCUGCACACGCUCUCGGGCCCGGACCACCUGGCCGCGCUGGCGCCGCUCUCCAUCGGGCGGUCGCCGGUGGAGAGCGCGGCGGUGGGCGCGCUCUGGGGCUGCGGCCACGACGCCGGCCAGGUCAUGUUCGGCCUGCUCUUCCUCGGCCUCAAGGACCGGCUCCACAUCGAGGUGCUCCGCACCUGGGGCACCCGCGUCGUCGGCCUCACCCUGCUCGUCAUCGGCGCCAUCGGCAUCCGGGAGGCGACGCAGGCGGCGCCCUGCGUGGCCGCCGCGCUGGAGGGCGGCACCAGCGCGCACCAGCACGGCGGCAACAACAGCGACGCGCUGGAGAAGGCGCUGCUGGGCGCCGGCGGCAAGAAGAAGGAGAUCAGCUUCGCGACGUUCGCGACGGGGAUCGUGCACGGGCUGCAGCCGGACGCGCUCAUGAUCAUCCUGCCGGCGCUGGCCAUGCCGUCGCGCGCCGCGGGGGGCGCCUUCCUCGGCAUGUUCCUCGUGGGCACCGUGCUGUCCAUGGCCAGCUACACCGUGCUCAUCGGCACCUGCACCGAGGCGCUCAAGGAGAGGGUGCCCCGGAUCACAGAGAAGCUCACCUGGGCGGCCUCCCUCGUCGCCAUCUCCAUGGGGGUCGCCAUCAUCGUCAGCGAGUCCUUCGGGGUGAGCUUGUACUGAACUACUACUGAUCAUCAUCAUCAUCAUCCCCUGCGCCUGCAACAACAACAACGACGACGAUAUUGCCUUGCUUCGAAUCGAACGAAUGAACCCGCCAUGGAAAUUUUGCUACGUCACGUCCUUCCUCUUGAGAUCGAGCAGCAGCAACUAGGAUGUAGUUUACGAUUCAAGAAAGGAAAUCUUAUAUUAGAAUUUGCUUAGCUGCUGUUGAGGCGAGUGGCAAUUUGCCGCCAUUGUUGUUAUGAUGAUCUGGAAUUCUGGAUGCACUACCAACUUUACUUGAGCGAUUGGCCGGAAGAAAUUCAGGAAAUGACCCGUUUCCUAUUGUGA